AUGACUUCUAACAUGUGUCCCUCCAACAAAAUUAUUUUAAAUACUCCUUUACAGGCAGUUGCUGUUCAAUUAAGUAUUCAUUGUUUAUUGACAGUUUGCUGCAUCUAUCUUCCACCUCGUGAUAUUGUACUUCAAGCUGACCUUGACGAUUUAAUCACACAGCUUCCUCAACCUUUUAUUACAUUAGGAGAUUUUAAUGGCCCUAAUCCCAUCUGGGGAAGUUCCGACUUAAAUAAUAGAGGACAAUUGAUUGAAAAACUAAUAGAUGAUCAUUUACUCAGUCUUAUCAAUACAGGUGAGAAUACUUAUUUUCACGCUCCAUCACAGUCAUUCCAUGUCAUCGAUCUAGCAAUUUGCAGCCCAUCUCAAUAUCCAUAUUGGUCAUUUAAUGUUCAUGAUAACCUAUUUAAUAGCGAUCACUUUCCCUUAAUCCUAACUCAUACAGGCAACAGUAAUAUCCAAAUCUCCAGAACGCCACGACUUAAAAUGAAUACAACUAACUGGGACAAAUUUACAUUAGCCAUAAAACUAACAGAUGACUUGUUAAAUAUAACUGAUAUAAAUAAUGCUGUAGAACAUUUCACAUCCGAAAUACUUGAAGCAGCAACACUGAAUACAAAAAUGACAUCAACUAAAAUCCAGAAACAUCAUAAGCCGUGGUGGAAUGAAGACUGCAAAAAGGCCCAAAAAGAGCAAAAACAACGUUGGCAAAUUUUUCGCAGACACCCAACGACAGAUAACCUCAUAGCUUUCCUUUCAAAAAAGCUCGGUCUAUGGCUCGUAGAAUCCGGAGAAAUGCCCAAAAAGCUUCCUGGCAGAACUAUAUAUCCUCAAUAA